AUGGAGUCAAUAGACGAAAAUCUCAUGUCCUCGACGCCGACCAGCUUCGAUUGGGGUCAGAGUCCGCCCCCACUGUCAUUGGACACGAACUUCACCUCCGCCUUCACCGCCGAACCCUCGCAGUUGGAUCUCGGAAGCUUCUCGGCUGGCAGCGCAGGGGCAAGCGUGCCCUCAAUAGCCAUCACUGAAUGUGAGCUUGUCCCCAAUGUGGCAGUUGUAUCUUCACCAGUACCUUCAUUCUGGUCAGGCACCACACGCGCAUCGUCUCCCGAUGUCCCGCCUACGAGUGCGCCGUCGUACCCGCCUAUGGGUUUUCCUGCGAGCACCAAGUCUUACACACCGUCUCCAGGCCCACCGCACGCUACAGAGUGGGAUUUCAUGGCCCAAAGAAACAAGCUGAAACCCGAGGCACCUCAGAGUGGUAGCAUCUCCCGCACCACCUCGAUAUCGUCGACCUCGGAGGAAAACGAAGAUCAAGGCACUGAAGACGAAAGCGAUGUUCUACCUCUUGCGCCCGCGCCUCGCCUACCCCGCCCAGGACUAUUCGCUGCCACCACCGAAAGCCCUCCACCGGGCUCUUCGCGCUCGAGCUUCACCGACAGAAGCAGAGCGCUGACUACCACACCGUUUCCGAGUCGCUUCGAAGCCGAAACUCUCACAUCCGAGUUUGUUCAGCAUUUGGAAUCUGCGGAACAGAGAGGGUACUCAGUAACUCCUGGCCUUUUCAGUCGCUUUUGCGAAUCUGUCUAUCCUGAUCCCAAGAAACGAGGUGUUGCACUUGAAAUUCCUGUAUCAACACAAAUGGCCCGUUUCCACGUCUUCAUGGCUAUGGCUAUUGGCAUGAAGAUGCGUAUCAAAGACAGCCCGGAAAACACCAACUCGCUCCUUGACACCUGCUACGACCUCGCCAUGCAGCAAGCAUCUUCCGCGCCGUUCUGGCAAGAGAAUGGUGGCGUGGAAGCUACACAGCUCCUCAACAUUUUUGCUUCUAUCCGCAAAGAGCCGCAAUUUGCGCCGAAGCCGCUGCAACCUUCCAUGUCUUGGUGA